GUGAGACUCAGUAACAGUGCAUAUGACGGCGAAACUACAAAACUGCGUCAUCUCCAUUGCUCGAGCGGCAGUGAAAUUUGUUCAGAGGCAAGAACGUCGAGCAACUCCGAGUCAACAAUAAACUACUCCCGUGUCGUGCCAUCAAUCAUACUACACCGAUGCGAGGUUAUACAGACGGUCCAACCGAGGACACGCUCACCUGUAAACAAGUUGGACACCCAUGGACUCGGUACUCCUGGCGUAUGAUCUUGAACUUAACGGGAACCCUUCUCGCAUCAGCUGAAGCCAACGACGGCACCAUUCGCUUGUGGCACCUUCUCACAAAAACAGAGGUUGCCCGAUUUCAGCACCCAGACGCACUGUCCUUUGUUGUGGAUGGACGCUUUCUAUUCAGUGCUGAGGCCGACAAGAAAAUCUUACGAUGGAAGAUACCGGACGAGGUUCUCACAGCAGUGGGCAUUGAUCCUCUGGCUGAGGAGAAAAACGAGGUUGAUCCUUCACGAGGCAAGCAAAAGGUGCGUUUUAUAAUCCCACAUUCGAUGCAUGUGACUCUCAACGAGAAUCCAAAUCGCUUCAAUAUCAAUUCGGAGAUUCCUGGCCAGCGCCGCAAUAAACCAGGGAAUUACCAGCGCAUCGACAGGUCGCCCACACGGACUACUCACGCUGCAUUUUUUGAGCGCGCCGAGGCAGAACGCCCUGACCCUUCAUCCACUCGCUUGCAUGGUGUCAGAACCUUUUUCGAUCGCAUUCGGCCGUCAUCAAACAAGAAAGGGAAGCAAAAGGAGCAUAAACCGAAGCGGAAUGCUGCGGUUGUUGAUGUUCCUCUCGGACAAGCCACAUACGAUUGUUGUUUGCAAUUCUAUUGGGCUCGUGAGAUCUGACAAUGUCCUUCGUUAGGGUGACGUUGUCGGUGUGGAUGACG